CAGAAAGGCGUUAGUCGUUCAACAGCGCUGAUCGAGUUUAAAUCUAUAGCGAAAUGAGCGGCGGCGGUUGCGUUUGCGUCUGCGUCUGAACUGAACUGAACUGAACUGAACUGAACUGAAAGCCAAAUUGUAUCACUUGGCGCAACGCAAAGCUUUCAAGGAAAAUUCUCCUCCAAAUAAGUAUCUGACAGAAAUUCGCGACGCGUUAAAGAGAUACCCCAAGUGCGUGGCGGAAGCAAAAGAUAUUGAGGCAUUUAGUAGUAGGUUGUGCGCGAGUGUGUGCUUCUUCUGCGGCUGGGUGUGUGUGGAAUGUCAACUGACGGGUUGUAAAGGGAAACCCUGAAAUCCGAACAGCCAGAGCCAAAGCAAAUAAAGCUGUGAAUACGAAUUAAGUACAACAAACAGAUACAGCUACAGAUACAGAUACAGCUAGAGAAACAGAUAUACUGGAGAUGCCCCAGUGAAGUGUGUGUUGUUGUGGCAGUUGAAAACUAUGUGGAUUAUUUUCGAAUCGUCAGCCGAAGGAGCAGCCGGGUGACAGGUGCAUCCACAACCGCAUCCGCAUCCGCAUCGGCAUCCGCAUAUCCGUAUCCGCACUGCAGCCCAAAUAUCCAAGGGUGUCAUGUGCCGCGGCAUUACGACCGCAGCCACAUCUACCGACCAGGUGCGCCUCGAAUGCGGCAACACUAUUUUCAACAAGAACUCAAUCUACUUCAUCUACAAUUAUCGAAGGAAAACCGAACUCAGAACAGAAAUCAGAACAGAUAUCGGAAGAGAAAACAGUAGCCGACGCGGGCCCACAAGAAACAUCCCUAUCAGAUAUUUACACAAGCGUGAUUUAUUUGAAAAGCGAAACGGCCGUGCAGCAGUGCCAUAAACAUCUGUAAAUUGUGCAAAUAUAUCCAAGUGUAACCGAAAGCCGCCCGCCGCGAUAACGUCUCCCAUUCCCAUACGCAUACCCAUUUCGAUUUUGAUUUCGAUUCCAAUUCCAAUUCCAAUACCCCGAUCCCCCAAUCCCGUCAUAAAUUCAGUGGAACGAAAAGUGUACGAGACAGUUGGUCGCUCCUAUUUUGCUUGCUUUCCGGGCGAUCCAUCACACGGCUUUCGAAUUAAUAACCGAACACAUGUCGCAUCGAUAUUCAACUUGAGCGAUACGGGCACCCGGAGAUCCAAUAUCAAUACCAUACCAUACCAUACCAUACCAUACCACUCGACCAUAGGAAACUUUAUAAGACUGAGAGUUGCAAGCGACCAUGCGCGCAUGGCUUCUACUCCUCGCAGUGCUGGCGACCUUUCAAACGAUCGUUCGAGUUGCUAGCACCGAGGAUAUAUCCCAGAGAUUCGUCGCCGCCAUAGCUCCUCUUCAUUUGGAAGGAUCUUCACAAUCGGUAUCACCAUCGGAAUCGGGAUCAGGUGGAGCAGUAUCAAGUGCCGAAUCCACCAGCACAGCAUUAGCAAAAGCAUUUAAUCCAUUUAACGAAUUAUCAUCGUUCAGUGAUAGUGAUAAAAGCCAUCUGAGAAAAACAAAAAACAAAAACAAAAACAAAUCUAGCAAAAGUGACGCGAACCGACAGUUCAACGAAGUGCAUAAACCAAGAACAGACCAAUUAGAAAAUUCCAAAAAUAAAUCUAAACAAUUAGUUAAUAAACCCAAAUCCAAACCCAAACCCAAAAUGGCUGUCAAUCAAAACAAGAAGAAGCACCAUCAUCAUAACCACAGCAAUGGCCAUCACAAGCAGGCAAAGGCAUCCAGCAGCCAGUCCACAGAAUCUCAUCAAUCAUCCUCGAUUGAAUCAAUCUUCGUGGAGGAGCGUGAGCCCACACUCGGGCUCGAUCGCGAGGUGGCCUCCAUCAAUGUGCCGGCCAAUGCCGGAGCCAUCAUCGCCGAACAGGGCCCAUCAACCUACAGCAAGGAGGCGCUGAUCAAGGACAAACUCAAGCCCGACCCCUCCACUCUAGUCGAGAUCGAGAAGAGCCUGCUCUCGCUGUUCAACAUGAAGCGGCCGCCCAAGAUCGACCGCUCCAAGAUCAUCAUCCCGGAGCCGAUGAAGCGCCUCUACGCUGAGAUCAUGGGCCACGAGCUCGACUCGGUCAACAUACCCAAGCCGGGCCUGAUGACCAAGUCGGCCAACACAGUGCGAAGUUUUACACACAAAGAUAGUAAAAUCGACGAUCGGUUUCCGCACCACCACCGGUUUCGGCUGCACUUCGACGUGAAGAGCAUUCCCGCGGACGAGAAGCUGAAGGCGGCGGAGCUGCAGCUGACGAGGGAUGCGCUCAGUGCGCAGGUGGUGGCCAGGACGUCGUCCUUGGCCAGUGCGAACCGCACCCGCUACCAGGUGCUCGUCUACGACAUCACGCGGGUGGGCGUGCGCGGGCAGCGGGAGCCGAGCUACCUGCUGCUGGACACCAAGACGGUCCGGCUGAACAGCACGGACACGGUGAGCCUCGAUGUCCAGCCGGCCGUGGACCGGUGGCUGGCCAGUCCGCAGCGCAACUAUGGACUGCUCGUUGAGGUGCGAACGGUACGGUCGCUGAAGCCGGCGCCGCAUCAUCAUGUACGCCUGCGCCGCAGCGCGGACGAGGCGCACGAGCGGUGGCAGCACAAGCAACCGCUGCUGUUCACCUACACAGACGAUGGGCGGCACAAGGCGCGCUCCAUACGGGAUGUGAGUGGAUCGGAGGGCGGUGGCAAGGGCGGCCGGAAUAAGCGGCAGCCAAAUCGAAGACCUUCGCGGCGCAAAAACCACGAUGACACCUGCCGGCGGCAUUCGCUGUACGUGGAUUUCUCCGACGUGGGCUGGGACGAUUGGAUUGUGGCACCGCUGGGCUACGAUGCGUACUAUUGCCACGGCAAGUGCCCCUUUCCGCUGGCCGACCAUCUCAACUCCACGAACCAUGCGGUGGUACAGACGCUGGUCAACAACAUGAAUCCCGGCAAGGUGCCAAAGGCAUGCUGCGUGCCCACGCAACUGGACAGCGUGGCCAUGCUCUAUCUCAAUGACCAAAGUACGGUGGUGCUGAAGAACUACCAGGAGAUGACCGUGGUGGGCUGUGGCUGUCGAUAGAUUCGCCACCCAAAUGCCAACACCACCUCCACCACCACCACCAGCACCAGCACCACCCGAGUGGAAAUCGCGAGCGAGAGAGCAUCAAAUGCUGUUUGGUUCCAAGCCGUCAAUGCUUUAAACACAACGCAAACAAAAUGGACUGAAUAUUUGAAUUUUAAGUGUAAAUCGUUAGACUUUAAUUGUAUGGAGUAAACAGCGGCAGCCAUGGCCACGCCCCCAAGAGCCACAGAACCACCCGCCAACAACCACCAAACACCCAGCACCCACCGCCGACCUUGGAGCCUCUGUCAGUUUUGCCAGCCAGGCUGGGAAAUACCAACCAGAUCAGAGUGAUUUUGAGUGAAAGCAGCGUCCACUGUAAAUAGCCGCCAUGCCACGCCCCCUCCCCACAGCCCUGAGAAGCCGCCCCCAUCCCCCCAGAUACUUCAGAUAUUAGAUACUUUUGUAUCUGUGUGAGCCGCUGCUGCUGCUGCUACUGCUGAAAAAGAAGUAAGAAUAAGUGCGACCAAUUGAACAAAUUGUAUAAAAAUGCUAUAAUAUAUUUAACAAACUGGUAUCUUAUGUACGUACAUGUUUGUGGAAAGGAGAAAGAACUAUUCUACUAGCCGUUUUUUUAUUGAUAAUUUUAUAAAAAAAAAAGCAAACCAUUUGUAAAUUAACUAGCGAGAGUAUAAUCGAGUAAUGACUUGAAAUUACUUAGGAACUAUCAAAACCUAAACACACAUAACUAGUUGUAGCAAAAAAACCGAUAUUGCAUAUUGUAACUCUCUUGUAUAUGUACUAAAUACCUAUAUACUUUAUAUGCAAUACACACACCAGCACACACACACACACUUUCAUCCAUAAGCACACACACAAGCGCACACACACAUAUCGACGAAAGGGUAUUUGAAACUACUUUUAUUCGAAUUCAACUAAACAUAACUGUAUAAACAAAACGUAUGCUCUAUAAAUAUAUGAAUAACUAUUUACAUCGUUAUGCGUUCUAAGCUAAGCUCGAAUAAAUCCGUAAACGUUAAUUAAUUUAGAAAUUUAAGACUUAACGCCUAAGCUCAGCAUGUUGGAUAAAUUAAUAGAAAACGAAAAACAAAAACAAAACAAAAAACCCACAAAAAGAAAACCCACGAUGAAAGUUGAAAGGAAAAUAUCGAUUCGUGCCUGAUGUUGCAGAGCACGAUUUGUAUAUGUAAUUUUUUCAUAUAAACUUUAUUAUUUUAUUUAUUUAAAACAAAGCAUAUUUUUGAUGACGACGAUGAUGAUGAUGCGGGAGCAAUGAGGAAAAAGAAAGAU